GUGAAAAAACCAAUUUUUCUCAAAGGGGCAUGUAUUCAGGAGUCUAUUUUACUCGCUACUUUGCGGUUGGGACCUAAACUAGCAUCACCUAGCGUCAGGAAGACAUCUCGCUUCACGAACCAAAUCUUCUGGAUGAUCACGUGCCUUGUAUUCCCCAUAUGACUUCACUACCAUUAUUAAAUAUUUUUUUUCUUCCAUUAAAACGCAAUUCGGUCGCAUAUAUUUAGCUCAAACGGUCUACCUUGCUUAGAGCCUUCGUAACAAAUUUUUUUCCCCGCAUUCAAGCACUUUUUAUGUAAAAAGAAUCAAUUUUUGUAAGUUCGCCCUAUACAAUCCCGUGUAUUCUCGGGAGUUACGAACAUUUAACCUCAAACCCAUGGCCAGGUAUGAUUAGAUGGUAUUGGUUAUCAGCAUAUCAGUGAACAAUCAGCUGUGCUUUUAUUUACCACUAAAUUUGCCAUGUUACGUCGUUCGUGAUUUGUUUGUGUUCUUCCCAAUUAAUUUUGAUUUCUGCAUGCUUUUUUGAGAUUUAUGGGUCUAAUUCGCCUCACGAUGUAAUCUGUCUUCAAUUGAACGCAGGUAAAGCAAGUACAAUCGAAAAACCGAGUGAUGUUCUGUGUUGGUUCACUCAUGGUUCAUCUUCAACCUCACCAUGAUUAAGAACCCAGCCUUUGACAUCAAAUCAAAUCUCAGGAAUCUUAAAAUUAAUGAAUCGAUUCCCAGCGAGUCCAGUGAGGAGAGCGAGAGUGUAGCUGUUGUGUCAGGCGUUCAAAAAUAUCUGCUAGAAUGGGAAAACUUGUCUUCUGGUGAUGAGGCCAAAUGGAAACAUCUUUGUGCCUCUGCAAAAUGUGGUGGAUUACGUACAUCUUACUUCCGAAGUGUUUGCUGGAGACUGAUGCUAAAUAUCCUACCAGCUAGUAGGCCGAACACUUGGUCUGGAAUAAUUACAAGCCUACGCGCUGAUUAUGAUGCCCUAAAAAAGGAGCAUUUUGUUUCUCCGCGGGAAGAGGAUGUUCCAGUUUCUGAUCAUCCUCUGUCACAAGACACUGAGCAAAGCAAGUGGCACAAGUAUUUCUGUGAUAAUGAACUAAAAACAGUCAUCAAACAGGACAUCAUCAGGACUUUUCCAGGCGUUGAAUUUUUCAGGGAUCUGAAAAUUCAGGAGCACAUGCUGAAUAUACUUUUUUGUUAUGCAAGGAAAAAUCCUAAAAUGUGCUACCGACAGGGUAUGCAUGAAAUUUUGGCGCCAAUAUUGUUUGUCUUGAAUGCAGACACAGAGAAUUUUUUCUGCGUUCGUGAGACAGAAGAAUUAAGUGAAAUUAUCAGUCAGUUAAUGAACCCAGACUACCUGGAACAUGAUAGUUUUUGCAUAUUCAGCACUCUCAUGCAGUCCAUUGAAAUAUACUACCAAACAGCCGGUCCAGUGAGUUCCUCUGGAUAUUUUCCUACUCGUAUCCAUGUGAGCACAGCAGUCACUGAAAAUCCAGUUAUAACGCAACUAAAUUUUAUCAAAGAUUCAAUAUUAAAACCUAUUGAUCCUGAUUUGGAAAGUCAUCUAUCUGAACUUAGUAUUCCCUUUUCAACAUUUGGCAUACGGUGGCUCAGACUGUUAUUUGGGCGAGAAUUCGAGUUCGAAGAUUUGCUAGUUCUGUGGGAUGCGCUGUUCUCGGAAGGUCCUCGCCUGUCGCUGAUCAACUUCAUUGUCGUGGCAUUGCUACUAAGUAUCCGCUAUAACCUGCUACGUUGCGAUUACUCGGAAUGUCUAUCUUUACUCAUGAAGUUUCCGCACAGUGUCAGUGUUGUUGACAUUGUGCGUGUUGCAAUGCAGCUGCGAGAUGACAGCCAGAGUGAACGUGGCCUCUGUCCUAUUUAUAAAGUCGCUCCUCCUGUAGAACAGAGCUCGACUCAGGGAGCACGUAAGAAAGAGACUAUCAAGCAGCGCCCAAAAACUAGACCAACCUCUAAUCGUAGAACUGUAAUAGAUGGCAUUGCCUUCAAUAAAAACAAGACCUUAAAGAACCUGCAAGAUGAAUUGAGUCACAUGCAAAUGCUCCUCACAAUAUGCAGAGAUAAGUUGGCUCAAUAUCAUCCAGUUCUAGAUGCAGGUGUGCUCAUCGGCAACACACCAGCGCGCCAAGCAGUCGAAGGUCUCUCCCAGUUGCACCUUCUUCUGGACGAUUACUUUGCCAGACUAGAACCCAAACCAGUUGAUCCUGUUACCACAAAUGAGAUUGAAACUGCUUAUGAAGCCAACGAAGGUCCAAGUAUCCUGAGCAACUCGCCCGCACCCAUGAGUAAAGCUGUCAAUCGAGGUGAUUUAGACCGAGAGCUGAAAGAACUACCCAAACGCACAUGUACGGAAGAGACACAAGAAAAGAGUUCCGUUAGCGAAUUUCCCACCGUUAAUCCAGUUGGUUACAGAUGACCGUAACUCACUGUUAUUUACCUUUGUUAUUUUUACAUUUUUUGUACGUUGUUGACUUUUACCUGUUUCCAUGAAAUGAGUGGGAGGUGGUACUUUGAUCAAUUUCAUAGAAUUAAACCUAACCAAUCACCACUUAUCAAUGUGAGUACUUUUUCUAGCAAAUAUUAUGGAAAGCAUCAAGGAACAUUGCAGAAAAGGUCUCAUCACCCAAUCUGUGAACUACCCAAUGACAUUCUAAAUUUUUCAGGAUUUUUCAAAAUUUGUUUAUCUCUUAGAAAUCUCAAGUCUUAAAAUUUGAAAUUUCUCCAGUUUUUUAAAAUUUGUCUUGAAUAGACUUGCUCCUAAAAAUGUUCAGGGAUAUUUUUCUACCAACAUUUGAACUAUAUUUUGUUAUAAAAAACUACUGUUUCCGGCCCAAUUCAGAAACAAUAUAUGUGCCAUCAGUGUUUCUAUGCAGACAGGUCCUUUUUUGGAUGAGCCCGAAGUUGUAGUUUGUCAUUGCAGGAUGAAGUUCAUGCAUUCAUUUAAUUAUAAUUUUAAGUUCAUCACAAGCCGUAUAAAUUCAUUAAUUGCACUAUUUUAUUACUGAAGGCUUAGUGGAAGUAAUCCCCUUGACCUUUCAAAUGAGAUCAUAAUUAAACCUCUAUCUAGCUUAAUUUUGAACUACAGUACAAGUCUGGGUAAUUUUUGGGCACCUUGUGUAUUUUAUUUUCUUUGAUUUUUACGUUUUUUCACAAUAGGUACGAUAAGUUUACUCCGUUUUACUCUAUUUACUAAUUCAUUGCAAAAAUCAAAUAAUAUCAAAGAGCCUUUUUUUUCUUCUAUAUUCUACCAAAAUGAGGCUGAAAGUCUUGCAUUAAAUGUCCUGUUUUUAGUGUUACAUAAAUUAGGAAGUGAUAAAAGAAGCAAUUUUAUUUAUAAAAUAACUCAUUGAACUGAAAUAUCCUGCCAAGUCAAAUGAAUUAAUUAAUUUAUGGAAUUAGAAGUUCUCCAAAUUCUGACCAAAAAUUCACUUUGAUAUUUGUUAAUAGUAUUUCAAGGCGGCUUAUCAUUCUAAACAAAGGAAUAUCCUAUUAUAUUGUGAUUAUUAAAUUAAAUGCCUUUGCUUUAUUUCUUGUUUAUUAGGGCGGAGGAAUUUGAUACAAAUUGCUUGUUUUUAAGCAUCGUUUUUUACCACCUUUUUCAAGCGUGACAAAAUUAGAUUAGUCUUAUCUGGCUCUCUCUUCUUAAUUUUCUUGGUGAGGAUGCAUCCCAGAAUGACUUUAGGAUAGGCCAUAUAAAAUCGAUUUCUUGAAAAUUGUAGAACUUUCUUACAGCGACCAUAAAAGUCCACUUUUUUACUCUAACAUGGCAGAAGAACCACAUGAAUAAUUUUCCUUUUAUCAUGUCCCUCAAAAAAGGAGUUCUGUUUUAUGAAAAUUUUGUUUCAGAUAGACUGUCAGAGUCUUUUACAUUCAGUUUGAAGUAAAGUCGACCACAUUUGCAGGUUGUCAAGUUUCUUUUCAAUAAAUCCUUACUUUUUUCAACAUUUUUGAAUUUCAAUGGUGUUUCGAGGCAAUUUCAUAUCUGUUAAAAAAGGCCGUACAUCAUCUUGAUCCCAAUAUUGGAACAGUUUCAUUAAUUCCGCUAUGUGUCCCUUUUCACGAUGUAUCUUGAAUGGUGCUAUUUUUUUUUAAGGAAGAGAAAUUUUUUUUACAAUUUAGUUAUUACAAUUCUUUAGGGAUUUUUUUUUUUUUUUUUUUUUUUUUUUUUUUUUGAAGUUUUGUAUAUAAAGUCUGUGAGUACAUUUGUCUCGAACUGAAGCCAGAAAAAUGAAUUUUUUCGGCGGUUUCUGAGUUGUUUAAUUGUUUAAGGCUUCUCAGAAAUUGCGUCAGAAAUAUUUCUCAUUCUAAAAUGAAAUUAUUUAAGUAUUUAACUCAUUUUUUGAGUGAUGAACUCACUAAAAACUGAAGAUUGCUGAAAACUCUUGGUGAAAUUUUCAAUUUUUUUACUGGGCUGCCAGGGAUUUUUUGUGUCUGCAAGCCCCAAAGUAUGAACGAAAUAUUCUCUCCGCCCAUUUUGUUUAAAAUACCAGAUAAUAUCUCAUAAGGAACUUCAUUACAGUCCUUUAAAUGAAGAGUUAAAAAAUCCCUUCUUAGCCUUUCAGCACAGCAACAUACGAACAGCAAGUUCAAAUAAGAGGGUAGAUUAAUAGGCAACAUAGUGAGGCAAUUUAAAAAUCAAAGGAAAAGAUCUCGUCUUAUUAACUUUUAAAGGCAUAAUCAUCAUUUUCGUUUUUGCCUCUUUUUACUUUCUUCCAUGUGAGAGUAGAAUUAAUAUUGCCAUUCAAAAAAAAAAAAAAAACUUUGUCAUAUUACGACUGUUUUUACACAUUUUUCUACGCCUUUAAUAUUCUACGAGGCUUAGUGCCAUUUUUCAUUGAGUUUUAUUCUAGUAAUUUCCUCGGAUACAACAUCUUUUUGCUUAAUUCACUGUGUUUUUAGUUUGAAUCUUUUCAUUUUUCAAUAACACCUAUCUUCAUUGUCAUCUCCUUGAUCCUUUGAAAUAAAAUGAUUCUUGUAUUUUA